AUGAGGAGACCAACCCUUCAUGGUAAUGAGUUUGUCUCAGCAGAGCGCAUACUACGAGCAGCUCUGGAAGAUGGACCCAUAGGGUUCAUGCUGUUGGAGGAACCACCAUCAUCACUCCCGGCCUUUGGUUUCGUACCUACAGGCACCGACAAAGGAAUCGAGAUGGAGGUGGAGGUGGACAAGGUGGUGACGGCUGCGGACAUACCAAAGCCAUACCAACACUUGAGAGAUGUGUUCGAUGAGGUGGAAGCAGACAAGCUGCCCCAUCAUACCGAGCAUGAUCUCCACCUCGAGUUGAUAGAAGGAGGGAAGCCACCUCAAGGGCCCCUAUACCUUAAGGGACCCAAGGAGAUGUCCGAGUUGAGGAGGUACUUGGAUGAGAACCUCGAGAAGGGGUUCAUAAGACCAUCGAAGAGCCCAGCACGAUCACCAGUGCUCUUCGUACCAAAGAAGGAUGGAGGUCUCAGACUCUGUGUCGACUACAGAGGUCUCAACGAGAUCACUAUCAAGAACAGAGCACCAUUGCCCCUCAUCGAGGAGCAGCUGUUCUUGCUCAGGAAGGCAAGGAUCUAUACCAAGCUAGACCUUAGAGCAGCAUACAACCUCAUCCGGGUUGCUAAAGGAGAUGAAUGGAAGACAGCGUUUGGCACUCAGUUGGGACUCUAUGAGUACCUAGUGAUGCCCUUCGGCCUAGCCAAUGCUCCGGCUCACUUCCAAUCAUUCAUCAAUGUCAUCUUCCGAGACAUCAUUGGAGUAUAUGUGGUAGUAUACUUGGAUGACUUCCUGAUCUUCAGUGACACUGAGGAGGCACAUGUGAAGCAUGUCACCGAGGUCCUCACUCGCUUAAGGAGCAACAGGCUCUUUGCUAAGCUGUCCAAGUGUGAGUUCCACACCAAGACGGUGGAGUUCCUGGGUUACAUCAUCAAGCCAACGGGUAUUGAGAUGGACCCAGAAAAGAUACGGACUGUCAAGGAGUGGCCGAUGCUGGCGUCUAUCCAUGACAUCCAACGGUUCCUGGGUUUUGCUAACUUCUACAGGAGAUUCAUAGCUCACUUCGCUCGGAUAGCCAAGCCAUUGACAUCACUGGUGAAGCCGACGGAACGCUUCAAGAAGUUUGAGUUGCCGGAGGAGGCCCAACAAGCCUUCCAUCAGCUCAUUCAGGCGUUCACAUCAGCAGGAGUGCUUCAGCACUUCGACUACCACCUUCCAACAAGGUUGGAGACCGAUGCAAGUGACUUUGCUAUAGCAGGAGUACUCAAGCAGGAGCAUGAAGGACGAUGGCACCCAGUGGCCUUCUACUCCAGGAAGAUGUCUUCUGCCGAGAAGAACUACGAGAUCCAUGAUAAGGAGCUCCUAGCUGUGGUCGCCUGCCUCACUCAGUGGCGACACAUGCUAGCUGGACUACCUAGUCAACUAGUCAUCCUCACGGACCAUGAAGCCCUCAAGUACUUCAAGUCCCAGCGACGCAUCACUGGCCGACAGGCUCGAUGGGCAAUGCUACUAGCAGACUUCGACUUCAUCCUGCAGUAUCGACCAGGAGACAAAGGUGGUGAACCCGAUGCUCUCACCAGAAGGGCAGACAUGCAACCAGCUGGUGAAGAGCAGGAUCACAAUGUGAGGCAACUACUGCCUCCUCGGGUGUUUGCGGAAACAGCGGACCAUGACUCGACCCUAGUGGCUCCCAUGCUCUCGAUGGAGACCAUAGCAACGAAAGGGCUCAAAGACCUGGUCAAGAUCUUCCAGCCCUUAGAUCAAGAGCUACAGGAGAUACACUCAAAGAAGCCCUUCGAGCUCAAGGACGACCUAUGGUACAGUGGAGGAAGGUUAGUCAUCCCCAAGGUGACCAUGCCAGGGAGGACUAACAACCGACACUCAAGGAGUGCCAAGGAAGUAGAUGGACAGUCUCUCUCUGUAGAGCACCUGCGAUUCAUGGUGAUGACCCAAUGCCAUGAUGGUGUUACUGCCGGACAUGUAGGAAGAGAUGCUACCAUCAAGGCAGCUCAACGGCACUACUGGUGGCCAAGCAUGACAGCUUGGAUUGCUGACUAUGUAGCUAGCUGUCCAGUUUGUGCGAGGUACAAAGCUCCUCGUCAUCGUCCGUAUGGCCUUCUACAGCCACUUGCCACACCAGACAGGCCUUGGGGAUCGAUAUCCCUCGACUUCAUUGAAGGACUACCAUCUUCAAAGAACUAUGACUCCAUCCUCGUCAUUGUCGAUAGGCUGACCAAGUUUGCCAUCCUGGCCCCGACCCAUAAGACAGUCACGGCUAAACAGACUGCAGUGUUGCUAUAUGGACACAUGGUUAGACUCUUCGGAUACCCUGAUCACAUGGUCUCGGACCGAGGCAGGCAGUUCAUAUCAGGAGCAUGGAAAGCCUUUGCAGAGCAGAUGGGUGUGAAGCACUCACUUAGCACGGCUUAUCAUCCUCAAACUGAUGGUCAGACAGAGAGAGUCAAUCAGGUCGUGGAGCAGUACCUAAGGAUGUACUGCAACUAUGAGCAGAACGACUGGGCAGACCUGCUGGACACUGCAGCCUUUGUAUACAACAACACGGUCCACAACAGCAUUGGUGUCUCACCAUUCUUUGCAUGCUAUGGAUGGAACCCCAAAGCCCAUCCUGACAUCCCUCAACAACUAGGAGUCAAUGAUCCAGGUCGCUUCGAGUACCUCAUGGAUGGGAAGGAGCGUUGCAAGUAUCUUCAGGAGCAGAUCAGGGAGGCACAGCGUCGGACGGUGGACCAGUAUAACAGGAAGCACAAGGACAUCGAGUUUAAGGUGGGUGAUAUGGUCUAUAUCAACCGCCGGAACUGGAAGACCAGGCGACCUACACCAAAGCUGGAUACCCGGUUUGCAGGACCCUAUCCAGUCCAGGAACGAGUAGGACGCCGAGCAUACAGGAUCACAUUGCCAGCAAACCUUAGGGUUCAUGAUGUGUUCCAUGUCUCCAUGCUCGAGCCAGCAAAGACUAGCUCACUUCCUCACAGGACAGACCAGCCAAUCAUACCAUCACUUCCUGAUGAAGACCUCGACUUCGAAGUAGAAGCACUCAUUGACAAGCGCUCAUUCAAUGGGACUACGGAGUACAAAGUGCUUUGGAGGGGGUACUCAGAGGAGGCAGCCUCUUGGGAACCCGUCUCAAACCUCGACUGUCCCGACCUCAUCCGGGAGUAUGAGGUAUCAGAGGGGGGAGGAGCGAGCAGAAGAAGGAGGAGAGAGCAGGAGGAGGAGUAG